AUGGCGCAAGGGACAUCCGCGAGCGGUCCAGCAGACGACGACCAGCUUCGGACGCCGGUCUCAGCUCCGGCCUUGUUGUCGCCAAUAAACGGCCAUCGCUACAACGGCACCGCCACAGUCACAAAUACCGCCGCUCAUACCAACGGUAUCCAGGUGGCCCCGAAACCGCCUUCUUCCGCGUCUAUUCCCUUCUUCAAGACAGGAAGCAAUACAACACCCGAGACCUCACUGGUUGGUGCGAGGGGCAAGUCAAUACCGCUCGACGACAGCACUGCGGCACAUCGUACUUCUGCUCUCCGCGAGCUCAACAGCAGCUUCCCUUCGCCGGUGCUCCGCCACCAACAGGCCAAGUCUACGGGGGCACAAAGCACCACAUAUUCGCAGCCAGUCAUUGUCCGAACCUACUCCGGUCCUCCACAGUCCCCUUCGACUUCCGCCCACUACCGGCCGCCCAGCAGCAGCCGCCGAGCUGGCAGUCGUGCAUCCGGCUCCCGCCGCAUUCUAUACGGUCAGAACGGCCAGGCUUCGUCGUGGGCUUGGGACUCUACUGCCAACAGCAGCAAUAAUGCUCAGAGUGUGGGCUGGGGAUUAGCGAAUAGCCUGUUCGGCAUGGCACGAUCGAAAGGAAAGAAGGGCGGGUUUAUACCGUGGCCUUUCGUUGCAGGCACAGAUGGCCCGUCACAAAAGGACGAGGCAAAGCUGCCGCCGAUUGAGGCAUUCUCUUACAAAGGCUUCAUGGCUGACCUGCAGACCACGACCGACAUUCGAUCUGACCUCGACCGCAUUGCAGAGAUCUGCGCCCGGUCAAGAUACUGCCUAAGCGACAAAUACGACUCGCAUGUGACUCCCCACGGGUCUGGCGCGACCUUUAUGGCAUCUGUAUCACAGCAUCCCAACCAUUCCACGGGCCGCAGGAAAGGGGCGUCCAGUCCUGGUGGACCAACUCUCCAAGCAGUACCAUCCGACGACGACGAGACUAGCGCACGAGGCCAUCGACGAAGGCGCGGCGGGAUCGGGGGAGGUAGACGACGCAGCGCAGCCUAUGGCACCUUGGAAACCAUCAUGUCGUCAAGCCGGUCAUCGGAGGAAGACAAGUCCAAAAAGAAGUCCGCGGCUGACAUUACCGAAGCAGUUCGUGGCCGCGCAGCUCGGAAGGGACUAGGCACCGCCGACAGCACCGGAGACAGCACUGCUACCACAACUGGGGAGAGCAGCGGGCGCGACAAAACAUCGUCCAAUUCCAGCAAAUCACCACGCGGGGAGGACGGGGACAGAAAAGGAUCCAGGUCUCCAAAGGAAAGCUCCAGGACGAACCUUGUGGAUGGUGACAAAGCCUUGCUUGGCAGUAGUGGACCAUUGGCUACUUCUCGAUCUUCACCGGACCGACAGCAAGUGAAACUCCCUCGACGACCAAAGUCCACAUCGUUUGCGCACGCAGUUAUUGGCAGCAGUCGCAAGAACCAAAGACAUCGGCAUUCAGCUGGACGCGAGAGGAGUUCAGCAGUAACUACGCACCCGGUGGUAGACGUCUCUAAUGUGCCAGCCCUUCUAAGCGAACCAGCUCUUCCUCAAACCUCCGAUGGGGCCAUUGAUAUGUACAAUGUGCUCUCGGACACGGUGAAUGGACAAGCCUCGCCCCAUCCCACUCCUCAUCAUUCUCGACGCAGCAACACCCUAGAGCACAGAAUUCACAUUGUUGACCCGGACGAUGAGGCGAACCAGGAUCCGUCCCUGUUUCUCGACCCAGAGGAUGCUACUGAAGCCGGGUUUUUCUCGGGCCUCACCCACUGGAUUCCCUGGAUGGCCAACGGAACUGGAGGCCCAAUCGCUGAACAACCUCUGGGUAAUGGACGCAGUCCAUCUCACUACCAUGAAGUACCAGCGCCGGUCGCUGCCGGACGAGCAUCUGUCGCAGGCCCAAGUCACGCUGAAGGGAGUCUCCGCGAACUACUGAAGGGCGUGGAAGACAGAAAUGGAAAACUGAAGAAGGGGAAGGCUGUUGAUGACAAUACCAGCCGUUGA